CGCGCUGCCGGCGCUGCGCUUCGGCGGCGAGCGCGCGCGGGGCCUGAAGCGGCCCUGGCGGCCGCGCCUGGUGCCCAGGAGGGGGCGGCGGCGGCUCAGGAAGUCGGUGCUCAGCAGGCGCGUGAGAUCCGCGCUCGAUACGGCUCGCGGCUCAGCAGUGGCGGCGGUCAGCCCAGCCGUGUACCUCGCCAGCCUGGGCCUUCCGCCUUGCGGCUUCUUCUUGGAGCUGUACGGCAUCCCGGGCCCUGGGGUAUGCGCCGACGUCGCAGCUUGGCUGCCAUGCGUUGGCGGUGCGGUGGGCGCGGGCAACCCGGCGACGGGCGUGGACCGCAUCCACUGCUUCCGCGCCGUGCCGAUCCCGGCCACAUGCGACGCCCUUCGCGCGGCGGCAGAAGGUCGACUCGGGCUUCCUCUGGUGCCGCGGGGGCUCCCCAAUCUCGCCAGCCGCGCUGGCGUGGGUGCGCACGGCGCAGGUUCGGGCGCUGCCAGAGCGGCUGCGCCAGCCGCGGCCGCUGCCGCGGCGGCGCCAGCCGCGGCAGCCGGGGCAGCAGUGGGCGGCGGGCUUGCCGCCGGAGCGGCGGCGGGUGCCGCGCAGGCGGCUGGCGAAGCACGUGCUGGCGGCGCCAGCAGCGGCGCCCGCGGCAGCGGCGGCGGGCCCCGCGCCGGGGGCGCUGGCCGCGGCCGCCGCACGCGCCGCUCCCGCGGCUGGCGGCGGCGGGCCCGCUGGGCUCGGAGCGGCGCUGGGCGGCCCCUCCGGCAGCUGGCGCGGCCCAUCCCGCCCCUGCUGGCAGUUGCGGCUGCUGCGGGUCUGGCGGCCGUGGUGGUUCCCCCGCCUGCCGCCCCCGCGGCGGCGCCCGGCGCUGGCGCAGCGGCUGCCGCCGCGCCGGCCGCGCCUGCAGCUGCUGCCGACGCGCGGGUCCUCGCGGUGAGCUACGACACGCUCGGACAGCUGCGUCGGGCUUUUCGGGGGGCGAUCCUGGCCAUGGUCGAACACCCGUGGCCAGACUGGCCCGUGCACGCGGACCUGCCGCUGCUGCUUCAUGGACUGAACGCGGUGGGCCUCGCCUCGGGCGAGCUGCUGGCCCGCGUCGCGCAGCUGUGCGAGGAGCGAUGCCGCGAGCGGCUCGCCCCUGAGACGAAGAAUGACAACGCGGACACUCACCUGAUCCUCGGCUGCGGCCUCGCACGCGGGCAUAUCUGCGUCGCGCCGCAUUCGGCGGGGCACUUGAAGGAGGAGCUCACGAAAGAGUGGGCAGUGGCAAAGGAACGGCGCAAGGCUCGCGAGGAGCACGCGCUGGCGAACAAGGAGAAGAAGGGCAACGAGACGGAUCGCCGCAUGCGGGCCGCUGAACUUGGGCAGCCUGCGGCCGCGUUUUCUUGCCUGACAGUGGGCUCCGCUGCCUCCAGCGCUCCGUCCACGCAGUUUUGCGCGCGCUCGCGG